UAACAAUAUCAUUAUUGAUUCAGAAAUGAAUAAGUUGCACCUAAACCAACCGCUAAUAAUGUGUCAUCAUGUCUUCGAAUGCUGUUUAUACUUGAUUAGUUCCCACAUGUUGAAACAGGUCUUUAAACUUGAAUAUUAACCAAGGCAACUUUUGUUUAUAAUGAGAAUGGGUAGUUGGAAGUUACCAGAGCUAGAAUAGAUAUAUGUGGUUCAUAAAUGAUCCAGUGUGCUUCUGGGAAGGUGAAGUCCCAGCAGUCUGUAACCAUUUGAGUGAGACUGUUCUUUAGGCAUUUUAAUGCCCUGAAUUCCAUCAAUGAUCUAGAUUUCUCUAGGCUUUAUUCCACUGAUACACAAAGCCCCUUCAGUGAACCAGCAAAGUAAGAGAUCCAAAGAGUAUGCCCUUCCUACUUUUAUUUCUGACAUGUAUGGGAAAUCUUAGGUGUGACUGGGUACAAAUCUGUGAAAAGGCCAACUGUAGAAAAGUCUAACUAUGCACAUAAUCCCAAGGAAAUAAUUUUUCCUCAAAGGAAAAAGUGUUUUCCUUUGAAGUUUUAGUAUUGUUAUAAUACUGGUGGUCCACAGUCUACAAACAUAUAAUUUAUAAGUUCAUUUGCAAGUCACCUGUGGUUAUAAAAUAAUAAUAUACAUGGUGCUUAGGUGCUAGAUCAGGUUACAGAAGCCUGUUUGGUCAGUAAUUGUAAUACCAACAAUGAUGGAAACUACACACCUUUUGUAACAAUAUUCCUACCAGAAAAUGCGGUGAGAAUUCCAGUUUAGAAUCUUGGAAUGUUAGAUUAGAAGGAACUGUAUAGCAUUUAUCACUCACCUGGGGUGCCAUUUAAAAAAUUCCUGUCUUCCACCUCGGAUGCAAGUUUCAGAAUCCUUUUCACUGGAGCCUGGAAAUUUAUCAGCCAGUUUUGGAAUGUGGGAGAUUUUGAUAAGAUCUGGCGAGAACAUUGUGAGGAUGAGGAAACACUUUGUGAAUACGCUGUUGCAAUGAAAAAUUUGGCAGAUAACCAUUGGGCAAAAACUUGUGAGGGCGAAGGUCGUAUUGAAUGGUGUUGUAGUGUAUGCAGAGAAUAUUUCCAAAAUGGUGGGAAGAGAAAAGCACUUGAAAAAGAUGAAAAAAGAGCUGUACUCGCCACUAAGACCACUCCAGCCUUAAAUUCACAUGAGUCUUCUAAACUUGAAGGUCAUUUAACCAACCUCAGCUUUACAAACCCUGAAUUUAUAACUGAGUUGCUACAGACCUCAGGAAAGAUCAGAUUACUUGAUGUUGGCAGCUGCUUUAACCCAUUUCUGAAGUUUGAAGAAUUUCUAACUGUUGGCAUAGACAUCGUACCUGCUGUAGAGAGUGUAUAUAAAUGUGACUUCCUGAACUUGCAGCUUCAGCAGCCACUCCAGCUUGCGCAGGAUGCUAUAGAUGCCUUUUUGAAGCAGCUGAAAAACCCUAUCGAUUCUCUUCCUGGAGAACUUUUCCAUGUGGUGGUUUUCUCUCUCCUCCUUUCUUAUUUUCCAUCGCCUUACCAACGGUGGAUUUGCUGCAAGAAAGCCCAUGAACUGUUAGUGUUAAAUGGUUUAUUGCUUAUCAUCACACCUGAUUCCUCCCAUCAGAACCGUCAUGCUAUGAUGAUGAAAAGCUGGAAGAUUGCUAUAGAAUCCCUGGGCUUUAAACGUUUCAAGUAUUCAAAAUUUUCACAUAUGCAUUUGAUGGCAUUUAGAAAAACCUCCCUAAAAACCACAAGUGACUUGGUUAGUAGGAACUACCCAGGGAUGUUAUAUAUUCCUCAAGAUUUCAACAGUAUAGAAGAGGAGGAAUAUUCUAAUCCUUCGUGCUACGUUCGAUCAGAUAUAGAAGAUGAACAACUAGCAUAUGGUUUCACAGAGCUCCCUGAUGCUCCAUACGACUCAGAUUCUGGAGAAAGUCAAGCCAGCUCUAUUCCUUUCUAUGAGCUAGAAGAUCCUAUAUUACUUUUAAGUUAAUAUCAAAGUAAAAGGCCCUUUCAGUCCAGACUCCUAAACUAAUCGCUUACACUAAUCAGAAAUACUAACAUGAACUCAGUACUUAAACCUGGUUUGCAUAGAAGAAAUGCAAAGGUUUACAGAGUUUGCUAUUUUUUUCUACUUCUGGAUUUUAAAAUUUAUUCUUAUAUAGAAAGCUUAAAGUUUCAUGCAGAGUGACUCCUGUCAUAGCAGAAACCACUGUUACUUUAGCAUUUAGCACUAAGAUAUCAUAGAAAGGUACCUUUUUUCUUUAGUGCUAUUGUGAAAAGUGAAGCAUAACUUGCUAUGUAUUUUCUUUUAAUCUUUCAGUGUUGACUUUUAAACCAUUGCAAUGAGAAAGAUAUGUAGAAAGCUGUAGCUUGCACUUUGAUGACUCACAAGUUAAAUGUGACACAGAGAUAGAUUGGUUUAGUUGUUUUGUGAUGCACUUACUCUCUUUUCUAGCUAAAUUGUUAUCUGUUACAGAAAGCCAUUUUCUGCAGUUUUGUCUGAUGAUCCAGCAUUUCAUCAACAUUUUGGAAUUGAUAAUUUGUUUUCUUUUUUGCUCAUUUGGUAGCAUCAGACACUUGGGGAAAGAUUUCCCCCAAGUAUGUAUUCUAAUUUCAUUAGUACAGUAUAAUCAACACCAUUGCCAAAGUAGAAUGUUCGUAUCUUUCAUAUUGAUUAGGCCUUGGUGUUAAGUAUAUUUAACUGUGAGAGUUCACUCUUACCUUUUUUAAAUUUAGUUUUCAUUUACAAAAUUUUCUAUUUAAGCAAGGAACAAUACUCAAUCCUGACCUGAAACACCUUUGUGAAAGGGUUUGCACUUGUUAGAGUUUAUGUUCUGUCUAGACCAACCUUGUUAGGGUCCUCACCUUUCCAUUAAGGAGGUGUGCUGCACUACAAGUCUGGAAUUAUAUAGAAACAUUUUAAAUUAACCCUCUGCUAGCAAUCUCAUAAAAUGGUUUUGACCUUUCGAUAUUCUAAUUUCUAUCAAAAUUCUAGCAGGAAAUUUUCUUUCAAUAUAUAAACCGUUAGUUGGCUGUGGGAAUUUUCCCUUUCCACAUUGAUAAAUAACUUUGUGUUUCUGAAUCAGAAGCAAAUGAUUAAGAAGAAAAAUAGGUCCAAACAAGACAAGAUUAGUUUAAAUAGCUAAGAACAUUUGGUCCACAUUGUCUUGUCAGCCAGCAAUUGUCACGUAAACUGUCAUUUUUAAGAGUGCCACUGUGUGGAUUUUUUUUUUCAAGUGGUUAUUACAUUAAAAUUACCUCAUACUGAGGUUUUUGCACUGAAAUAUCACAGUUUCAGAAUUCAUGGUUAAUGUGUGUGUGUGCGUGUGUGUGUGCGGGGGUGUGUGUGGGUGUUUUUAAAGGAAACUUGCAUUUUCAAUAGUUGAUCCUAAAUUUCAUAAACUGCACUUCUUUACUCUGGUAAAACUGAUGUUUUUGUGCUUAUUGUGAGUUGCUGUAGUUAACUUUGAAUGUCAAACUUUAUUUAGAAAGACAAAACUUCCCUUUAAGAUAUCCGUGUUUGGAUAUAUAUACCUGAUACUUCAAAUUAAAUUUCACAUUCUAAAUUAAUGAAAGUAACAGGAUUGUAAUUAACCUGAAAAGUCAGUUGAAUGAAUGCAAUAAAUAUUGGUUGCUCAACUAUGCCAAAAGUAAUUUGAAAUGUUUCAUUUACUUUCAAUAGCCUGAGUCCUUAAUAAUUAGAAUUGACUUCUCUUUCCAGUUAAGUACUACAGGUCAUAUCUUGUAUCUUCCCCAAAAGAAGGGUAGAAAUCCCCCACUGUGUUCAGGUAACACAAAACUGUAUUUUCGUAGUACCUCUUUUACCAGACUGCCCGUUUCCUUUGAUUUGGCUGAAUAGAAUCUUAAAGGCAAACAAUAUAUCUAAUUAAAAUGCUUUGAAAGUAAAUGAAAACUGUGCUUUUGAGAGGCUGGUGUAAGUAUGACCUUGGAGUCAGCCUUUGUGUUACAGCUAAAAUGUUGGUGCUAUAAAUUCUUCUGAUUGUUUACAGAUGUUGAUUCUGCUUAUGCUCCAAAGUGUGCAUGAUUUAUUUUAAGUAGUCCUUAAAAGAAAAGUCUCUUUAUAAAACCUACUCCCACUUAGUAUAAAUUUGUUUGGAUUUAUAAAUAUCAUUUGUUACUGUAAAUUCAGCUUCAAAUUAGGUUGGUAUAGGAUUUAAACUAAUACAUAUUCCACCAAAGCCAAUUUAACAUUUAAGUGUUAAAAUAUAAGCAGUCCUUGUGGCUUGGUGCCAGAUUAUAUAUGUAAUGACAAGAGAAGUUAACAGAGCCUUUUAAUAUUGUGUGGGUACUCUUGAGAGUGAUUUCAUUUGGAUAUAAGUAAAUUUUAAGGCAUCUCCUAGCUCAUAACAGGAUUCUCCAAAAUAUUUGGAGUUUCAAACUAAAUGAUAUUCGGUUAGAUUCUUCAGGAUCAUGACUAGAUCAAAAAUGGUUUAUAUCGUAGUUGCCAAACGGUGGGAGAUGGCAUACCUGAAAAUGUAUGUUUGUGUUUGUUGUAUUUUUUCACAUUUUGUGAACAAAGCACAUUUAUUAAAAAUUUUAAAUUUUCUAAUAA